CCACUUGUUUCAAAUAACAUCAUCACACAAACACACAUUCAUACACCUCAUCUCUCACACCCACCACCACGUGAAUGGAUCUCCUCCUGCUGGAGAAGACCCUCCUGGGCCUCUUCCUCGCGGCGGUGGUCGCCAUCGCCCUCUCCAAGCUCCGCGGGAAGAGGUUCAAACUGCCGCCGGGGCCGCUUCCGGUCCCCAUCUUCGGGAACUGGCUCCAGGUGGGAGACGACCUCAACCACCGCAACCUCACCGACCUGGCCAAGAAGUUCGGCGACAUCUUCCUCCUCCGCAUGGGGCAGCGGAACCUGGUGGUGGUGUCCUCGCCGGAGCUGGCAAAAGAGGUGCUGCACACGCAGGGCGUGGAGUUCGGGUCCCGCACGCGCAACGUGGUGUUCGACAUCUUCACCGGGAAGGGCCAGGACAUGGUCUUCACCGUUUACGGCGAGCACUGGCGCAAGAUGCGCCGCAUCAUGACCGUCCCCUUCUUCACCAACAAGGUUGUGCAGCAGUACCGCCAGGGCUGGGAGGCCGAGGCCGCCGCCGUCGUCCACGACGUCCGCAACAACCCCGAGGCCGCCGUCUCCGGCACCGUCAUCCGUCGCAGGCUCCAGCUCAUGAUGUACAACAACAUGUACCGCAUCAUGUUCGACCGCCGCUUCGAGAGCGAGCAGGACCCCAUUUUCCAGAAGCUCAGAGCUCUUAAUGGAGAGAGGAGUCGCUUGGCGCAGAGCUUUGAAUACAACUAUGGAGACUUUAUUCCCAUCUUGAGACCCUUCUUGAAGGGUUACUUGAAGAUUUGCAAGGAGGUUAAGGAAACCAGGUUGAAGCUUUUCAAGGAUUAUUUCGUUGACGAGAGGAAGAAGCUUGGAAGCACGAAGAGUACCAGCAACGAUGGACUUAAAUGCGCCAUUGACCACAUUUUGGAUGCUCAGAAAAAAGGCGAGAUCAACGAAGACAACGUCCUUUACAUUGUCGAGAACAUCAACGUUGCCGCAAUUGAGACAACUCUAUGGUCAAUUGAGUGGGGCAUUGCUGAGCUAGUGAACCACCCAGAGAUUCAAGAGAAAGUAAGGGAAGAGAUAGAGAGAGUGGUAGGAGCAGGGCAGGAAGUGACAGAGGCAGACCUGCAGAAGCUGCCAUACCUGCAAGCAGUGGUAAAGGAAACUCUAAGGCUGAGAAUGGCAAUCCCUCUGCUGGUGCCCCACAUGAACCUGCACGACGCAAAGCUGGGGGGCUACGACAUCCCAGCGGAGAGCAAAAUCCUGGUGAACGCAUGGUGGCUGGCCAACAACCCCGCCAACUGGAAGAGGCCCGAGGAGUUCAGGCCCGAGAGGUUCUUCGAGGAGGAGGCCCAUGUGGAGGCCAAUGGCAACGACUUCAGGUACCUUCCCUUCGGCGUUGGCAGAAGGAGCUGCCCCGGAAUCAUUCUCGCUUUGCCCAUUCUCGGCAUCACUUUGGGCCGUUUGGUCCAAAACUUCCACCUCUUGCCUCCUCCUGGCCUCAACAAGAUCGACACUAGUGAAAAAGGAGGCCAGUUCAGCUUGCACAUACUCAAGCACUCCACCAUUGUUGCAAAGCCAAGGUCGUUUUAGGCCCCACAUCCAUCCUCCUCUUCAUCUCAAUCAAUCCCCUUUAUUUUUUUCUUUUCUCUUUCUCUUUCUCUUUCUCUUUCUUAAUGCUACGCCUAUUGUAUCAAUGCUUGAAUGAAAAUCAAUAUGGGCUUCUUGUUGUUCCUAUAAGCCUGCAAAGGAUGGGUAGGUAAUGUUUCUGUGUUGUCAUCAUCAUCCCAUUGUAAAUCUCUCAACUUCAAGUGGUGGUUUUGAGAUAUGAUUUUGUAAUAAACCUACACUUCUCUCUCUA